AUGCCUCGCGGGAGAGGAUGGGGAAACGCUGAUAUCCCUUCAGUAGAGAUUGCAGCAGCAGCAGCAGCAGCACGAAUAGAAGCAGCAGCAGCAGCAGCAGAACGUGCAGCAGUAGAUUCAGCAGAAACUGCAUCGUCAUCAGCAGCAGAAGAUGGUGAACCAUCAGUAGCAGCAGCACGUGCAGCAGCAGCACCUGCAGCAGCAGCACCACCUGCAGCACCACCUGCAACAGCAGCACCACCUGCAGCAGCACCUGCAGCAGCAGCACCUGCAGCAGCAGCAACUGCAGCAGCAGCAACAGGAGGAACACCAGAAACAGCAGAAGCAGCAGAAGCAGCAGAAACACCAGAACCAAUACACUACCCAUACACCUCAGCUCUAGAGGAGCAGCGGCGCCUGCUGCAGCAGCAGCAACUGCAGCAGCAGCAGCAGAAGCAGCAGCAGCAUUGGAGUCCUUGGCGUGGUUGUCCUUUCGAUAAGGAGGAGACAGUUAUCCAUCCUGGUCCUUCUUCUGCCUCUAUAUCUACCUGCAGCAGCUUUAAUAGCGGUGCUGCUUCUGCUGCUGCUGCUGCUGGCAGCAGCAGCAGCAACCCACAUAAAGGUAGCUGUGGCCAAGCCACCACCUGCAGCAGCGGCAACAUCUGCAGCUGCAGCUUCUGCAGCAGCAGCAGCAGCAGCAGCAGAAGCACUGGUAACAGAACCAGUGGCAGCAGCAGUGGCAGCGGCAGUGGUUGCGGCAAUGGCAGCAGCAGUGGCAACAGCAACGGCAACAGAGGCAGCAGCAGCAGCAGCGGCAGCAGCAGCAGCAGCAACCGUUGGCUGGCUGGCCCCCCUCCCCACCAUUCUAGUUAUCGGGCAGCUCUGCAGCUUCGCGGCAGACCCCGUGGCCUAGGAGACUUCAUCCCCGUGCGGCAGCAGCAGCACCAGCACCAGCAGCAGCAGCAGCAGCAGCAGCAUCACCAAGGGCAGUCGAGGCAACGGUCGCAGCGGCAGCAGCAGCUGCAGCAGAUGCGUCUUGAGCACCAACGACGCCUAGAGGAGCAGCUGCGCCUUGAGAAGGAGGAGAGGGAGAGGAGACAGCAGCAGGAGCAGCAGCAGCAGCAGCUGGAGCAGCAGCACAAGCAGGAGCGAGACCAGCAGCGCCUGAGAGAUCAGCAGCAAAUGGAGCUACUGCUGCUGCUGCAGCGGAUGCAAGUGAAGGAGCAGCAGUUUGCUGCUGCUGCUGCUACUGCUGGCAGCAGCAUGCAGCAAGAAAACUUAAGCUUUCUUGGUGCUUAUGCAGCAGCAGGAGACAGGACGCAGCAGCAAGAAGAAGGGAGACAGCAGCAAGACUAUGCCGACAGACUGCGGCAGCAGCAGCUUCUGCUGCUACAGCAGCAACAGGAGCAGCAAGCAGAGAUGAUGGAUAUGUUUAGCGAGACUGUGUGGAGUUACCCGCAGCAGCAGCAGCACCAGUUGCUGCUGCAGCAGCAGCUGCAGCAGCAGCAGCAGUUUGCUGCCCUACACUUUACAGAUGCAGCAACAUCUCUAUGGUCCGUGAGGCCCCCUCCACUGCAUGUACAGCGACGGCUGCAGCAGCAGCAGCAGCAGCAAAGGGCUUCCCCUAUUCUAUCUACUGUGCAGCUGCAGCAGCAGCAGCAAUUGCUGCUGCUGCAGGACCCUGAGGAAGAAGAGGGACAAGAAGAGGAGACAGAGAGGUUACGUAUAUAUGUAGAGGAGAUAGCAGAGAGUCUUGUAGGUCCCAAGGGACCGGAUGAGCAGGGUCAACAGCAGCAGCAGCAGCAAGGACAGCAGCAGCAGCAGCAAGGGCAACAGCAGCAGCAGCAGCAGCAGCAGCCAGACUUUGAGCUAAUAUUUAGUAUAUUAAGACAAUUAUCUCCUCAUGUAACACCUGAGCAAAGAAAACUAUUAGAGGAUAUACUUAGAUGUAAGCCGGACACACAGAGCAGCAGCACCAGCAGCAGCAGCAGCAGCAGUAGUAGUAGUAGUAGUAGCAGCAGCAGCAGUAGCAGCAGUGGUAGUAGCAGUAGCAGCAGUAGUAGUAGCAGUAGCAGCGGCAGCAGCAGCGGCAGCAGCAGCAGCAGCAGCGAGAUUAGCAGCAAUCGUAGCAGCAGGAGCAGCAACAACAAUACUAAUAAUUCAUCUAAUGAUUCUUCCCUAUGGAAAAGACCAUACUGCACACCAACAUCACCAACAGCAUCACCAACAGCAGCAGCAGCAGCAGCAGCAGCAGCAGGAGCAGGAGCAGGAACAGGAGCAGGAACAGCAGCAGCAACACAAGCAACAGCAGCACAAAGAGGAGGAUCAGCAUGA